GAAUUAUCAAGCAUCUACCAUAUGAGGCAUUGAGGAAGAUACAGGAAAAUGUAAGGCAUAUCCCAUGUUCUUUGCAUUUCAUGGGCUCAUUGUUUCUGAUAGACUAAAACACACAUAAUUAAGCACAAACUACAGCAUUCUGUGCUACACGAUUGGUAUAAACAAUUUUAUUUAAGUUUUAGAAGGGUAUAAGGAUCACUUCUGGAUAAUAAGAUAAGGGCUUCUUCUCAGAACUAGUGCUAACUAAUUGAAUUGGAUCUUAAAGGACUGGGGGAUGGCAGUUAAAGGAAGGGUAUUUAGAUAGCUAUCAUAGUUAGACCAUGAAAUCCUUUUGGCCUCUUUGGGGAAACUCAAGGGCAUCAGAGAUAGCAACUAAUGCCAGAAAUACAGUGCUGAGUAACUAAUAGCCAAAUAGCGGCAUAGGUUAUUGAAAUUGAGUAUGGUCAGUGUUGGGGAAAAAGGCAUCAGAUAGACACUCCUCUCUCCUUUCAUUACCUGGUCAGGAAAGACAAUUGCUUGGGCAGGACAUGGAGCUACAUCUCUCUUGUUCUAAGCAACAUAGGGACUAGGAAGCAACUGACCAUGAACAAGUGACCCUUCCUUUGUAGCUCAUCAUGUUUAAUAGUAACAUCUAAACUUAAUGAAGUAAACUCUCUACAGCAACUCAGGAGAUUAAUCUAAUAUACGUGUCAAACUAUGUGCUUACAGUCUUGGAGCUUUCCUUUGUGAUGGAAGUGCCAAUUCUUGUUAUAGCUCCUUGUGAAUAGACACUUGAGAGAAAGAAAGGUUAACAAAGUACUGAGUGCUAGGAGUCCCCAAUAGCAUAAUCAAAAGAAAAAAUAACUCCCGAACACACACCAAAAAAGAAUUGCAAGUAACAGCCUUGUAUUUUCAUCUGGUCCUUUUGGAUGCAGUUAAACAUUUGAGAUGAAGCCAUACAGAAAGUUUUGUUCUUUUUUUCUUUCAGUAUUACAUUAUGAAUAAUUUGUCCUGUAAGUAUACCAUCUUUGGGAUGUCCCCUAAUAUUUUAAAAUAAAAAUUUAUCGAACAUGUAAAUUCUUGUGAUUUCCUGUUAUAAGUAACACUUUUGUGUAGCCCCAGUAAGGGGAACCAUUAGUUGUUGUUGGGUUUGUUACUGUACCAGAGAAGAAGCACCUUUCCGUCUUCCUUGAGAGAAUUUGUAAAGGUUCUCUGUAAAUCAGAACUUUACAACUUCAACAUAAUCAGUGUACAGCUUUGAUUACAAUCCCCAAUGAUGAUUAAUAAGUUUACAUAUUCAGCACAUACUAAUAUGCCAGCAGUGUGUUGGGCAUUUUAUAUAUGUGCAUAUAUAAAAUCUCAUUUAAUCAUCAUAAUUAUCCUGGAGGCGGAAAUUAUUAUUCCCUUUGAUUCCUGAAGAAACCAAGGUCUCAGAUUACAGAACUGGUAAGUGGUGGAAGUAGAAUUGAAUUCAAUUCGGUCUGUUUCUCUUCACUCAUAUGUUCCCCUAUACUAUGCUAAUCCUUGAUACUGAACAGAAGCUGGUAUUUGUUUGUUUUUCUUCCUUUGAUUAAUGAAUCAGGAGUUGAAGCUACCCUGUGCUUGGGUAGUUGAAUCGAGUGGCAUCCUUAAUGUCCUAAUCAAACUCUUGCAAGUGGUCCAGCCUUGCCUACAGGCCUCCAAGGAGCAAAAGGAGGUCUAGAUCCCAAAGUAGAUCACCCCAGUGUUGCUUCUGAUUGAUUUCUAUGAAAAGACAGUCAUCCCCUCCAAAAGGAGAGCCCAGAUGACUAAGUUCCACAUGGGUCUUUCCCUUCUUUUUACGGUGUACUGCAUUUAUGACAAAUGACUCUACUGAGCAGAACCUCUCAGAUGGGACGCCUAUGCCUGAUAGCUACCCAACAACUCCAUCUUCAACUGAUGCAACUACUUCUGAGUCCAAGGAUACCCUUGUCGUUCUGCAGCCCUCACAACAGCAACCAACACUCCCACCCACACCAGCCGCGGGAGAGAUUCCUCAAGAGCUGCAGUCCCCAGUUGGAGACGGGGACAGCUCUACCCAGCUAUUGAUGCCUGUAGAGCCAGAGGAAUUGGGUCCCACAAGGCCAAGUGGAGAAGCAGAAAUGACUCAGAUGGAGUUGUCUCCAGCUCCCACAAUAACCUCUCUUUCACCAGAGAGAGCUGAAGAUUCUGAUGCCCUGACAGCUGUCAGCAGUCAACUGGAAGGCUCUCCCAUGGACACCAGCAGCCUGGCUUCCUGUACCCUGGAGGAGGCUGUGGGUGACACCUCAGCAGCUGGCAGUUGUGAGCAGCCCACAGCAGGCAGCUCCACCCCUGGGGAUGUCCCUCCAGUUGUGGCAGAAGCUCAAGGCAGAGGUGAUGGGUCAGGGGAGCCUGCCCAGCCGCCUGAGGACAGCUCUCCCCCUGCAUCUUCUGAAAGCUCUUCAACCAGAGAUUCUGCUGUGGCCAUCUCUGGAGCCGAUUCCCGAGGAAUCCUGGAAGAGCCACUGCCUUCAACAAGCAGCGAAGAAGAAGAUCCCCUUGCGGGUAUCAGUCUGCCUGAGGGUGUAGACCCCUCUUUUCUGGCUGCUCUGCCUGAUGACAUCCGCCGGGAAGUCUUGCAGAACCAGCUAGGCAUUCGUCCACCAACCCGGACUGCCCCUUCAACAGCCAACUCAGCUCCUGCAGUGGUGGGGAUUCCUGGUGUGACUGAAGUGAGCCCUGAGUUCCUGGCUGCCCUGCCUCCAGCCAUUCAGGAGGAAGUGCUGGCACAACAGAGAGCUGAGCAACAACGACGAGAACUGGCACAGAGCGCCAGCUCAGACACCCCCAUGGAUCCUGUGACCUUCAUCCAGACUCUGCCAUCAGACCUGCGCCGUAGUGUUCUAGAGGACAUGGAGGACAGCGUGUUGGCUGUGAUGCCACCUGAUAUUGCAGCUGAGGCUCAAGCUCUAAGGCGAGAGCAGGAAGCACGGCAGCGGCAGCUCAUGCAUGAACGUCUUUUUGGGCACAGCAGCACCUCUGCGCUGUCUGCCAUUCUCCGAAGCCCAGCUUUCACCAGUCGCCUGAGUGGUAACCGUGGGGUCCAGUAUACUCGCCUUGCUGUGCAGCGAGGUGGCACCUUCCAGAUGGGGGGCAGCAGCAGCCAUAACAGGCCUUCUGGCAGUAACGUGGACACUCUCCUCCGCCUCCGAGGCCGGCUCCUCCUGGACCACGAAGCCCUGUCUUGUCUCCUGGUCCUAGUUUUCGUGGAUGAGCCAAAGCUCAAUACUAGCCGUCUACACCGAGUACUGCGAAAUCUCUGCUACCAUGCCCAGACCCGCCACUGGGUCAUCCGCAGCCUGUUGUCCAUCUUGCAGCGCAGCAGUGAGAGUGAGCUGUGCAUUGAAACACCCAAGCUCACCACGACGGAGGAAAAAGGCAAAAAGUCAAGCAAGAGCUGUGGGUCAAGCAGCCACGACAACCGACCCUUGGACCUGCUACAUAAGAUGGAGUCUAAGAGCUCCAACCAGCUUUCCUGGCUGUCAGUAUCCAUGGAUGCAGCCCUCGGCUGCAGGACUAAUAUAUUCCAGAUCCAGCGUUCAGGGGGGCGCAAACAUACUGAGAAGCACGCCAGCAGUGGCUCCACUGUCCACAUCCACCCCCAGGCUGCUCCUGUUGUCUGCAGACAUGUUCUGGACACACUCAUUCAAGUAGCCAAGGUGUUUCCCAGCCACUUCAUACAGCAGCGGACCAAAGAAACAAACUGUGAGAGCGAUCGGGAAAGAGGCAGUAAACAGGCCUGCAGCCCAUGCUCUUCACAGUCCACCAGCAGUGGCAUUUGCACAGACUUCUGGGACCUAUUGGUAAAACUGGACAACAUGAAUGUCAGCCGGAAAGGCAAGAACUCCGUGAAGUCAGUGCCAGUGAGCGCCGGUGGUGAGGGGGAAACCUCCCCCUAUAGCCUUGAGGCCUCUCCACUGGGGCAGCUCAUGAACAUGUUGUCACACCCAGUCAUCCGCCGGAGCUCUCUCUUAACUGAGAAACUCCUCAGACUCCUUUCUCUCAUCUCAAUUGCUCUCCCAGAAAACAAAGUGUCAGAAGCACAGGCUAAUUCUGGCAGCAGUGCUUCCUCUACCACUGCUGCCACCUCAACCACAUCUACCACCACUACCACUGCUGUCACCACCAUGCCCACUCCCCCUGCUGCAACCACCCCUGUCACUUCUGCUCCAGCUCUGGUUGCUGCCACGGCUGUUUCUACCAUUGCCGUAGCUGCUUCGACCACAGUGACUACCCCCACGACUGCUACCACUACUGUUUCAACUUCUACUACUAUGAAGGGCAGCAAAUCUCCAGCAAAGGUGGGCGAUGGGGGCAGCAGCAGUGCAGACUUCAAGAUGGUAUCUUCUGGCUUAACAGAAAACCAGCUGCAGCUCUCUGUGGAGGUGUUGACAUCCCACUCUUGUUCUGAAGAAGGCCUAGAGGAUGCAGCCAAUGUGUUGCUCCAGCUCUCUCGGGGGGACCCUGGGACCCGAGACACUGUUCUCAAGCUGCUGCUGAAUGGAGCGCGCCAUCUCGGUUAUACCCUUUGUAAACGGAUAGGUACCCUUCUGGCUGAGCUUCGGGAAUACAACCUGGAACAGCAGCGGCGAGCCCAGUGUGAGACCCUCUCUCCUGAUGGCCUGCCUGAGGAGCAGCCACAGACCACCAAGCUGAAAGGCAAAAUGCAGAGCAGGUUCGACAUGGCUGAGAAUGUGGUAAUUGUGGCAUCUCAGAAGCGACCCCUGGGUGGCCGUGAACUCCAACUGCCUUCCAUGUCCAUGUUGACAUCCAAGACGUCUACCCAGAAGUUCUUCUUGAGGGUACUACAGGUCAUCAUCCAGCUCCGGGACGACACACGCCGAGCUAACAAGAAAGCCAAGCAGACAGGCAGGCUAGGUAUGAAACUACAGUAUCCAGUUGAGGGGCAGGGGUGAUGAUGGAAAACCCGGAGUCCCUGGAGGGCAGGGAUUACUGUCAUGUCUCCUUCCUGUCUGAUCUUUCCAAAAGGAAAGUGGUGAUCCUUUGUCAAAAUAUUGGUGGCUAUAUUCUAUAUCUCACUCAAGCUGCCCAUAUGGGAAAUUCAUUAGGGCAAGUGAUUAAAUGUACAAAUACAAGAAAGUUUUUACUUGAGGGGGAACAACUGACUGUCACUAUUGCAAGGGAUUAAAAAUGGGAUAAUAUGUGGAAAAAAUACAAUUAAUGGAAACUAGGGUCAAUGGUUAACAGUGUAAUAUCCUUUCAUUAAUUGUAACAAAGGCAAUAUACCAAAGCUGAAUGUCAAUAAGAGAGGGCUAUAAGGGAGGGGUAUGGGAAAAAAUCAACUCUUAAGUAUAUAUUAGACAUCUGGAGAAAAGAGCCAAGUGGACUCUCUGAAAGCCAUCUCUGUUGUGCCCACUUGCCCACCUGCCACUGUUACCACUGGUGCAGGUUCCUCAUUCAAACCUGAUUUCCCCAAAGUCAGGAGAGAUAAGCAGCCACCAGGAAUUGGGGGAAAAAUGUGUUUCUUAAAAUGGGAUCUACACUCGGGGAUGGGGAUGGGGAUGGGGAUGGUGUUGGAGAUUGCAGCCAAAGGCAGAGGAUCACUUGGCUCAAGGGGAGCAAAAGCAGCAGGUUGGACAAAAUGUUCAGAGAACUCAGCUGAGGGUUUUAUUUGGUGAGCUUUUAUAAUAGUGUCAAAUUUAGGGCUUGGUUUAAAUUUUUCUUUCAUUUAUUAAUGUUUUAGUUCAUUCCUAAUACAUUUUAAUGAGGAAACAAUUUGACUAGCUCUCCAGAAGAACAGUCUUCCCAUUCUUGUUUGUUGUUGUUGUUGUUUUGUCUCUCCCUUUUGUCAUCUGCCUGUCAUUCUGCCAGUCUGUUCGCAGAUCACCUAGUAAUCUCGAGGUUUUUCCUCCAUCCAGCACUUAAAGCUAAUCCAAGACCUUUGAUGGUCCCAGCCUUCAAAGAAACAUAAUUUAAUAAAAAUUCAGUUAGAAAAUAACCCAAAUGGUGCUUCCUUUGUGCGAUUUUUCUCAUUCUCUGAGGCUCCACUGUGGGCAGCCAAUUCAGCACCUGGCAGUCGGCCUAGUGGCACGGUCCUUGGGCCUUCAGUACAUGUCGUGGUAACCGUUCCGCAAGGCGGAGCAUCGAGUGGCACCUAUGACUCCUGCCUAAAAGG